CAGGGGCUGAAAUGGCGGGCGAACCAAACCACACCCUCGCGGAAUGGAACUCGCCGCGUGGCCCCUGAAUUCCUUUCAUGCGUCACUCUCCCUACUACCCUUGCUCACCGUCCCCAACCACCGACUAUUGGCCGCCGCAGCAGCCUCCCUCGCAAUCUUAAGCUUGCCGAUCACUCACACCUCCGGUCGACCACCGCACAGCGCCACGCCGCGUCCACCCACCCGCCGAGUUGGCGCGCGCCACCACACCCAGCCCUAUAUAUCGCGCGCAUGCAACGCCGUCUCGCAGCUCCUCCAUCGACCAAACCUCCUCGCCGCCGCCCGCCCGGCCGAGCGUGCACAGACAUAAGUACACGGUACGCCGUACACACCUGAGACCUGAGAACGCCAUAGCGUCCGCCGUCGCCGAAUAACCAUGAAGACCGGCGAGGUGGUCAAAUCGCCGCUGGCCUGGCUGCGGGCGGCGGCCAUCAUCAAGCUUAACGCGGCCUUCCUCGCCUUCUUCUUCCUCCUCUACAUGGCCCUCCUCCUCCACCCCAACUACUCCCACAUCCUUGACCGCGGCGCCGCCUCCCUCGUCCGCUGCACCUUCCGGGACGCCUGCCCCACGUCCACCCAGCAUCUCACACGGAAGCCCGGAGGAAGACUAGUGACGGCAGCGAGCAAGGUGGCGGGGACGUCGACGGAGAGGAUCGUGAACGCGGGGCGCGCGCCGACCAUGUUCGACGAGCUCCGCGGCCGGCUGCGGAUGGGCCUGGUGAACAUCGGCCGCGACGAGCUGCUCCCUCUCGGCGUGGAGGGCGACGUGGUGGCCGUGGACUUCGACCGCGUGUCGGACGCGUUCCGGUGGUCGGACCUGUUCCCUGAGUGGAUCGACGAGGAAGAAGAAGACAGGGUCCCGUCUUGCCCGGAGAUCCCGAUGCCGGACUUCGCCCGCCACGACGGCCAGGUGGACGUGGUGGUGGCGGCGCUGCCGUGCAACCGGACGGCCAAGGGGUGGAACCGCGACGUGUUCAGGCUGCAGGUGCACCUGGUCGUCGCGCAGAUGGCGGCGCGGAAGGGCCGGCGUGACCGCCGCGGCAGGGUGCGCGUGGUGCUGCGGAGCGAGUGCGACCCGAUGAUGGACCUGUUCCGGUGCGACGAGGCGGUGGGGAGGGAGGGCGACUGGUGGAUGUACAACGUCGACGUGCCGCGGCUGGAGGAGAAGCUCCGGCUGCCCGUCGGCUCCUGCAACCUCGCGCUGCCGCUCUGGGGACCAACAGGCAUCCACGAGGUGUUCAACGCAUCGGACCUGGCAGCGGUGGACUCCGGCAGGAAGCCGCAGAGGGAGGCGUACGCGACGGUGCUGCACUCGUCGGACAGGUACCUGUGUGGCGCCAUCGUGCUGGCGCAGAGCAUCCGGCGGUCAGGCUCCACCCGCGACAUGGUCCUCCUCCACGACCACACCGUCACCAAGCCGGCCCUCCGUGCCCUCGCCGCCGCCGGCUGGAUCCCCCGCAGGAUCCGGCGCAUCCGCAACCCUCGCGCGGAGCGGGGCUCCUACAACGAGUACAACUACAGCAAGUUCCGGCUGUGGCAGCUGACGGAGUACGCGCGCGUGGUGUUCGUGGACGCCGACAUCCUGGUGCUCCGCAACCUGGACGUGCUGUUCCGGUUCCCGCAGAUCUCCGCGGUGGGCAACGACGGGUCGCUGUUCAACUCCGGGAUCAUGGUGAUCGAGCCGUCGCGCUGCACGUUCGACGCGCUGGUCCGCGGGCGGCGCACCAUCCGGUCGUACAACGGCGGCGACCAGGGGUUCCUGAACGAGGUGUUCGUGUGGUGGCACCGGCUGCCGCGGCGGGUGAACUACCUCAAGAACUUCUGGGCGAACUCGACCGGGGAGCGGGCGCUGAAGGAGCGGCUGUUCGCGGCGGAGCCGGCGGAGGUGUGGUCCAUCCACUACCUCGGGCUGAAGCCGUGGCGGUGCUACAGGGACUACGACUGCAACUGGAACAUCGGGGACCAGCGGGUGUACGCCAGCGACGAGGCGCACCGGCGGUGGUGGCAGGUGUACGACGCGAUGGGGGAGGUGAUGCGGGGGCCGUGCGCGCUGUCGGAGCGGAGGAAGAUCGAGCUCGCGUGGGACAGGCACGUCGCCGAGGAGAUCGGGUACGCCGACCAGCACUGGAAAAUCAACAUCACCGACUCCAGGAAGUGGGAGUAGUGCACUAUGCGGCAGAUGGAUGGAUCUUACC